AUGCCCGCGAGGUCCCUGCUCAAGAUGGUGACAGCUGUCGCCGUCAAAAAUUACAGAGACAUCAACGAUAUCGGCGACGUGCCUUAUCACAUUGCCCGCCCCAUUCUCGUGAAGGUCGAAUCCCCCGUGGAACUCCGCCGUUUCGAAGCACAGUCCCCCCAGAUCAUCGGACUCGACAAAGAGCUGUGGAUAAACUUCAUCAAGCGCGACGUCGAGCAAUGGGAAACCCGCAAGAUCCCAGAGGAGUCAGACGACUGGGGAAAGGUCUACGACGACCUCUGCUCCGAAGUCGCAGCCGAGGUGGAAAAAGACGCGGAGCGAUUGGUGGGCAUCAGUGACAAACUGAAGGCCGCGAAAGAAAGGUUCUUGCCGAAGCUGAUUCCCAUGCGCGAAGGUAAACCACGCCGCACGUUGAUGGCAUGGAAGAACUGCGGAGGCAAGCCCCCUCGCGGCAUGUUCCCCCAACGCACGAAGACGACUAUCUUCAAUGAGCACCCGCGACGCAACAAGGCCCUCGAGACCCCGUUUGGCAAAAUGAGCUCACGCGCUUCGCAAGUUACUCAGGCUCCGCAAUCUAUGAUUAAUGCUUAUCGAAGCAAAACCAGUGCACCUGCAAGUCGUGAGACUGCUCGAUAUGCCAAUGCAUCUCUCCGUACUUCGUCGAUGGCUCCUGCUCCGAAGCAUGCCACCGCGUCGUCCCCGGAGCCUGCGAGUGCGUCGUCCCGGAAGUAUUCCUCUUCGUCUGCGGACCUUGAGACUGCUCGGUAUGCCAAUGCGUCUCUCCGUGGUUCUCCGGUGGCUCCUGCUCCGAAGCAUGCCACCGCGUCGUCCCCGGAGCCUGCCAUUGCGUCGACCCGAAAGUCUUCCACUUCGUCUGCGGAUCUUGAGACUGCUCGACAUGCGAAUGCGUCUCUCUGUGCUUCUUCAGUGGCUCCUGCUCCGAAGUAUGCCACUGCGUCGUCCCCAAAUUCUACGACUGCGUCGUCCCGGAAGUCUUCCACUUCGUCUGCGGAUCUUGAGACUGCUCGAUAUGCCAAUGCGUCUCUCCGUACUUGUCCGGUGGCUCCUGUUCCGAAAUUUGCAACUGUGUCGACCCCGAAGCCUGCAACUGCGCCUACUGCGAAGACCGCUACGAAGGUUCCUACCGCAUCUCCCCAGAAAUCUGUUCUGGACCCUGCAGCUGCGCCUGUCCCGAAGCCUUCGGUUAAGUCUGCCCCGGUGUUCUUCUCGCGCCCUCCGUCGAAGCCCGGAACCACGUCUGCCCCGAAGCCUGCUCCCAAGCCUGCAGCCGUAUCUCCCGCGAAGCCUACUCCGGAGCCCGCUACAUCUGCGCCGCAGGGCAACAACCAGAACAAGCCGAAGCCUGCUCCCGCUGGGACUCGGGGCCCGUUUCUGGUUCGCAAGCGCAAGGAGCCUAGUAUUUUCAUUCAACCCAAGCGCCGACGCACUGGUUGA